GUGACUGUCUGAUUCACUGCCGGGAUAAGCCCAAGUGAGACAAAAUAAUUAAGUUUCAGAACUAAAUUGUGGGACUAAUUCACCAAAGAUCAUGCCGGCCUACCACUCCCAAUUCACGAAGGCCAACUUGAGGGUAGGGAACAUGGCGCUUCUACCCCUCAGAACACAGUUCAAGGGACCAGCUCCCAAAGAUACCAGUCAGAUGGAUAUCAUUGAUGAGGCCUUGUAUUUCUUCAAAGCAAAUGUCUUCUUCAGAAAUUAUGAAAUUAAGAGUGAAGGGGACAGAACUCUGAUCUACAUCACUCUGUACAUCUCAGAAUGUCUCAAGAAAUUGCAAAAGUGUUCAUCCAAAAAUAAUGGGCAGAAGGAGAUGCACACACUCGCUGUGUCAAACCACUGUAUACCAGGGGAGAGGGGAUUCCCUCUGAAUGCCAUGUAUCUCAAGCCUAAGGACAGGAGCGAAGAAGACAACAUGAGAGCUUACCUUCUCCAGUUGCGACAAGAGACAGGUCUGAGGCUGUGUGAGCUGGUGUUUGACCCAGCUACUGAUACACCAAGCAAGUGGUGGAUGUGCUUUGUAAAGAGGAAAUUCAUGGACAAGAGUUUAUCAGCCCCUGGACAUUAACAUGUCAAAGUUCUGCAUAAACACCAAUGGAAAAUCACCAUGUUUUAUUAUGCAAGAAACGAAAUGAAUAUGGUACUGUUCAUCAACAUGUUUUAAAUUGGGAACAUGGUUUGAUUGAAAUUAAGUCUCAAAAGUUAUAUUCAACUCCUGGAGUGGCAAGAAUUAUAACUUCUGUAGUUUUUGGAACUCGGGAGUUCAAAUGGGGAACACCUAACACAUGGUAAUGUAAAUGUGUCACAGUUUGAGGUUCUGGGCUCCUUCGCACAAAACACACAUAGCAUUACUUUCACAUCACUACUGUGACGACGUAAUAACCCCCAGUAAAGGUUGCCAUGGAAGUUACGUGCACGUAGUGCUACGUGCAGUUUGUGAAACGGGCCCCUGAAGUUUUCUCAAAAAAUCUCUAUAUGGAAUCAGCUCCAGUGCUGAGAAGCAGAGUUGAUUCUCAGAGGCCACUUUCAAAAAAAAAAGCUUUCUCCGUAAAUGGUGUCACCAUAUGGCGUUAAUUUAGGACAGAGUUCUGAGGGUCAUGAAACUUGUUGAAUGUGCAUAUGACUACAACUGUUUAAUAAGUACUAUACUCCCAAUAGGUAGGUAUACAUAAGCAUUUUACCUUGAGCAAAGGCUUGGUGAGCUUUUUAGUAGAACACAGGUAUCGGUACUGUAUAUUUACUUUAGCCACCUCUUAUAUAAUUCCAUCAAAUUGUUGAAUAGCGAUGUCAAUAUUACCUGUCAUGUCUAAGUUUAAUAGGGGCUAAAAUUAAAGCCUUGUACACUGCAGUUGUAGGUCUGCAGUCUUAACCUAGAACAGUGUAAUAAAGCGAUCAAAUAAAUAAGUAAAUGUGUCAUGUGAAACUGGUGAAAUGAGGAUCAACUAUGUCUUGUGGUUUUAAAAAAAAUAAUAGCAGUGACACCAUUACUAACUAAUUUCCAGAUCAGUUUACAACAUGUAAAAACUUUAUAAGUUUAUUUUACUAUAAAAUAUGUAUUGUACAAAGACUUUGGCCUGCUGGACAACCUUGGACAUGGUCUAAAUGACAUUUUGAAGUGCUUCAAAAUAAAGUAGGCAUGCAAGUCCAGAAUUUUGUGUUCCUCCCUUCAUUUCAUUCACAUUUCCUUAAUUGAGUGUGAUACAUUAUACCUUACACCCACACUAUGUAC